AUGCGUCAUUCCAAACCACCGGCGAAACUCGCCAUGGUUGUGGUGUUGCCUCUGUUACUGCUGUGUUAUGGAGUCGGCAACGUCCAUUGCUCGACGGUUCAUGAAAACAGCGAAGAUUUUCAGUCAUUGCUCGAGUUCAAGAAAGGCAUCCUCGACCAUAAUGGAGCCUUGAACAAUUGGAACACGAAUACCCACUUCUGUCGGUGGUAUGGUGUGAACUGCACCUCGACGCGGCGGCCAUUACGUGUCACGCAACUCAACCUCUCCGGCAAAAACUUAGGUGGCAAUAUCUCUUCCUCUCUUGGAAAUUUGGCCUUCCUUGAAAAGCUUGAUCUAUCGAAUAACAGCUUCUAUGGCCCCAUUCCUGACGCACUCACAAACUGUUCCAACCUAGCCUAUCUACUUCUCUCUGGAAACCACCUCACUGGUGUUAUUCCUCCUACAAUAGGUUUUCUUACCAGUCUAAAACGUGUCUUCCUUGAUAAUAAUUAUCUCACUGGAGGAAUCCCAGCAGCCCUGAGAAACAUCACCAAUCUACAAAUACUCAGUUUUACACAAAAUCAACUCACUGGAAGCAUUCCUCAUGAGGUUAUGCAAAUGCCAAAUAUAUUGGAGUUGCACCUAAACCAAAACAACCUAUCAGGUGGAAUUCCUGAGGUUUGGCAGAUGCCAAACAUAGAGUUGUUAGACCUAAGCCAAAAUUACCUAACAGGUAGAUUGCCACAAGAUCUAUCUAAUGUAUCUUCUCUUGGGGGAUUAUCCUUGACAUCCAAUAUGCUAGGCAACACAUUACCAUCUAACAUUGGUUAUGCUCUACCUAAUCUCACGGUUCUACUGUUGGCAAGCAACAAUUUUGAGGGUCCCAUUCCAGCUUCCCUAGGAAAACCUGCAGGUCUAGAAACAAUAGAUAUAUCAGACAAUCGUCUCACUGGCCAAAUCCCAAACUCUUUAGGAAACCUCACGGUGCUUUCUUAUCUUAACCUUGAAAAAAACAUGCUUCAAGCAACAGAUAAUGAAGGCUGGGAAUUCCUCCAUACCCUGGGAAAUUGUCGUUCUCUAUCAGCUUUUUCAUUGUCUCGUAAUAACCUACAGGGAACCAUACCAAAUUCUAUUGGAAACCUAUCCAUCAGUCUUACACGGUUGCUAAUGUCUGAAAACAACCUAUCAGGAAUAGUUCCCCCGAGUAUUGGAAAACUUAGUUCCUUAUUUCAACUAUCUCUAGAUCAUAACAAUCUUACCGGUACAAUUAAAGAAUGGGUCGGAAAUAUGACAAAACUAGAACUUCUGGAUCUCCAAUUGAACAGCUUCAUCGGGACAAUUCCACCUUCCAUUGGCCGUCUUACAAGGUUGACAAAAUUGUACCUUAGCUAUAACAAUUUCCAAGGGGGCAUACCUGUUGAGCUUGAUAAUUUGGGACAACUCACCACUCUAAGAAACAUCCCAAGCUCCUUCAGCAAUCUAUAUACCUUGAGCAUGCUCAAUAUUUCGCAUAACAAUCUGUCAGGCCCCUUGCCAGCUUUUCUAAAUGAUUUGAAGACUAUAACAAAACUAGAUAUACCUUACAAUAAUUUCCAAGGAGAAGUGCCAACAAAUGGAGUAUUUGCUAAUGCUACCAUUAUUUCACUUGAUGAUAAUCCGGGACUGUGUGGAGGAGCCACGGAUUUGCAUUUUCGGUCAUGCCAUGUAAUGAAUAAAAAGGGUAGAGCGGUAAACUAUUUAAUCAAAAUUUUGAUCCCAAUAUUUGGGUUCAUGUCACUCGUAUUACUCGUCUACUUUGUACUCCUUGAGAGGAAGAGGUCAAGAGCAUAUAUGUCGUCAGAGCAAUCUUUUGGUGAGCAUUUUGAGAAAGUUACCUUUAGUGACCUGACUCAAGCAACACGGGACUUCUCAGAAUCUAACCUGAUUGGGAGAGGAAGCUAUGGUUUAGUGUACAGAGGAAAGUUGAAGGAAAGCAAAAUGGAAGUGGCAGUGAAGGUUUUUGAUCUUGAGAUGCGAGGUGCAGAAAGAAGCUUCGUGGCAGAGUGUGAAGCACUUAGAAGUAUUCAGCAUCGUAACCUUCUUCCAAUCAUAACUGCUUGCUCAACUGUAGAUAAUAUAGGAAAUGUUUUCAAAGCUUUAAUUUAUGAGCUCAUGCCUAAUGGAAGCCUGGACGCAUGGUUACAUCACAAAGGGGACGAGGAGGCUCCAAAACGUCUAAGCUUGACCCAAAGAAUAAGCAUAGCCGUUAACAUAGCUGAUGCAUUGGAUUAUUUGCACCACGAUUGUGGACGUCCCACGGUUCACUGUGACUUGAAGCCUAGCAAUAUUCUUCUAGACGAUGAUAUGAAUGCUCUUCUGGGAGAUUUUGGAAUUGCACGUUUCUUUGCGGAUCCUCAGUCAACAUGGGCAGGUUCAAUUAGUUCGAUUGGUAUGAAGGGCACAAUUGGAUACAUCCCUCCAGAAUAUGGAAGUGGUGGGCAUGUGUCAACAUCCGGAGAUGUUUAUAGUUUUGGGAUAGUAUUGCUGGAGAUUUUGAUAGGCAAAAGGCCGACAGAUGCUAUGUUCAUGGACGGACUGGACAUUAUCAGCUUUGUGGAGAACAGCUUUCAGAGUCAAAUAUUUGACGUCAUUGAUGUUCAUCUCGUGGAAGAAUGCAAGAACUUAACUCAAGACAAGAAUGUACCAGAAAAGGAGAUCAACAAAUGCUUGCUGGAUCUGGUGCAAGUAGCACUUUCUUGCACGCGUUCACUACCAUCUGAACGUUCGAAUAUGAAGCAAAUAGUCAGCGAAAUGCAUGCAAUCAAGGUUUCACAAUUGGGAUGGAUGACAUGUAAGAAGAUGGGGUAUGUGUAA